AGGAGGAAUAACAGCUAGCAUUUCUCAUACCAGCGUCUGAUGUUCCGCUAAUGCAGAGCUGUUUGAGUUAGUUUUUCUUGUUUGUUUGUUUGAAUGUGUGAGUGAAUAUUAACUGUAUCGAUCAGUCAGACUGAUCAGUGAUCAAUGGUGUGAAAGGCUCUCUCUCUCUCUCUCUGGAUAUCAGCAGAUUCAAUGCAAACGAGAGCCGGAGGUGAUGAAAGAUCUGGGCCGAUGCUGCAGAGGAAGGAGUCGUUUUCUCUCCUCUCGUCAUCAGAGAAGUGGCUCUUCAAUGGGAAGAAGAGGAAGCAGAGGAAGAGAGAUGUGGAUUCGCUCAGUCUGUGCAGCUUGGACAUCAAUGAGCCCAGCAGCAAGCGUGUGAAGCCUCUGUCUCGAGUCACGUCUCUGGCCAGUCUCAUCGCUCCAGUCCAAGCUGCUCCGCUCAAACGCAUCGGACAGACGCUGCAGCGCUCCAUCAGCUUCCGCAGCGUCUGCAAGCCGGAGAUCAUGUCACCGCGUCCGUGGAGCAGGCAGAUCGCACCGGCCAACACCAAACGCAGAGACAGCAAGCUGUGGAGCGAGACCUUCGACCUGGGCCUGGGACACAUGCUGUCCUCCGAAGAGAUCAAGAGACAAGAGGCCAUCUUUGAGCUGUCUCAAGGAGAACAGGACCUGAUUGAGGACUUGAAGCUGGCUAAGAAGGCGUAUCGUGACCCCAUGCUGAAGCUGUCCAUCAUGAGCGAACAUGAACUCAAUCAGAUCUUUGGCACGCUGGACUCCCUCAUUCCUCUGCAUGAAGAUCUGCUCAGUCGACUCAGAGAGGUCAGGAAGCCGGACGGCUCGACCGAUCACGUGGGCCAUAUUCUAGUGGACUGGCUCCCUUGUCUUGAAACCUACAACAGUUACUGCAGUAACCAGGUGGCAGCCAAAGCCCUGCUGGACCAUAAGAAGCAGGACCAUCGGGUGCACGACUUCCUCCAGCGCUGUCUGGAGUCGCCCUUCAGCCGCAAACUGGACCUCUGGAGCUUCCUGGACAUCCCCCGCAGUCGCCUGGUCAAGUACCCGCUGCUGCUGCGAGAGAUCCUCAAACACACGCCGAGCGAGCACCCCGACCGCCAGCACCUGCAUCACGCUAUGAACAUGAUCCAGAGCAUCGUGGCAGAUAUUAACACUCAGACGGGCGAGUCGGAGUGCCGUUACUAUAAAGAGCGCCUGCUGUAUCUGGAGAGCGGUCAGAGAGAUCUGCUGAUCGACAGCUCACGCAUCCUCAGCUGCCACGGACAGCUCAAGAACAACAGAGGAGUCAAGCUGCAUGUGUUCCUGUUUCAGGACGUGUUGGUGGUGACCCGGGCCGUCACGCAGAAUGAGCAGCUGUGCUAUCAGCUUCACCAGCAGCCCAUCCCCGUCAGAGAUCUGGAGUGGGAAGACCUGCAGGACGGAGAGAUGCGCCUCGGAGGAUCCAUCAGAGGAGCCUUCAGCAACAGCGAGCGCACCAAGAACUUUUUCCGGGUGUCUUUUCGCAGCGGAGGACAGCUGCAGAUGCACUGCUUCCAGGCCAGCGACGCCUUCAAUAAACAGCAGUGGCUCAACUGCAUUCGGCAGGCCAAAGAAGCUGUGUGCUCUGCAGAGUGUGAACCACAGACAGCAGCUCGGUGCUCAGACUGCAGCGCUGAGUGCUCACAGAUGGACCUGACAGACCUGACCCUCACGCCUGUGGAGACAUGAGACACCCUGACCAGGACUGUGUUGCAGAACAUGAAGCACUUCUCUGAGACUGACUUCUGUGUUAUUCUGUGCCUUGCUUUCUCUGCGCUGUUGUUUGUGGCAGUCGUUCAGAAACUGAGCGUCUGGGUCCAGCGUUUCACUUUAAUCUCGCUGUCUGCAACUGAAAUGCACUACUGUCUGCGCAAGAAAACUGAGGCUGAAAAAUCGUUCAGGUGUUUCACGUUCAUUCUGUAAUCACUAAUAAAUAUGACCAGUCGAAUGUUUUCAUGAGUAAAGGGUGAUCAAAGUAUUUCUGAAAAAGAAAUUUAGCACUGUCAAACGAUUAAUCAUGAUUAAUCAUAUUCAAAAUAAGUUUUUGUUUAUAUAAUAUAUGUGUGUACUGUGUAUAUUAAUUAUAUUUAUAUAAACACACACACAUACUGUACAUAUAUUUUGUGUAUAAAUGUAUAUAGAUAUAUUUAAUGUAUAAACAUAACAUAUGUGACCCUGGAACACAAAAACAGUCAUAAGCAGCAUAUUUGAUUGAUUUUUCUUUUAUGCCAAAAAUCAUUAGGAUAUUAAAGUAAAUUAAUAAUCAUGUUCUAUUAAUAUAUUUUUUUACAUUUCCUACUGUAAAUACAUCCAGACUUAAUUUUUGAUUAGUAAUAUGCAUUGCUAAAAAUUCAUCUGGAUAACUUUAAAGGUAAUUUUUUCAAUAUUUAGAUAUUUUUUACAUCUUCCGAUUCCAAUUUUUUUGCAUUCUCAGAUUCCAUUUUUUGGAUUCUCAGAUUCCAUUUUUUUGCAUUCUCAGAUUCCAUUUUUUGCAUUCUCAGAUUCCAUUUUUUUGCAUUCUCAGAUUCCAUUUUUUUGCAUUCUCAGAUUCCAUUUUUUUGCAUUCUCAGAUUCCAUUUUUUGGAUUCUCAGAUUCCAUUUUUUUGCAUUCUCAGAUUCCAUUUUUUGCAUUCUCAGAUUCCAUUUUUUUGCAUUCUCAGAUUCCAUUUUUUUGCAUUCUCAGAUUCCAUUUUUUUUGCAUUCUCAGAUUCCAUUUUUUUGCAUUCUCAGAUUCCAUUUUUUUUUUGCAUUCGCAGAUUCCAUUUUUUUUGCAUUCUUAGAUUCCAUUUUUUUUGCAUUCUCAGAUUCCAAUUUUUUUGCAUCCUCGGAUUCCGAUUUUAAUAUUGAAUAAAUAUUGUCCGGUCCUAACAAACCAUACAUCAAUGAAAAAGCUUAUUUAUUCAACUUUCAGAUUAUGUCAAACCUAUGCAUAUAAUAAAUAUGUGAAUUAAUAAAUGUAUAAAAUGUAUGUAUAAAACAAUAAAUGUAUACAUUUAGAAAAAUGUACACUUAUGACUGGUUUUGUGCUCCAGGGUCACAUAUAUGUCUUAAAUAAAUACAUGCAUGUGUUUGUAUUUAUAUGUACAUAAUAACUAAACACACAUACAGUAUAUUAUAUAAACAAAAACUUAUAUUUUGGAUGUGAUUAAUCGUUUGACAGCAUAUUCACAGUCGAUGUCAGAACCAGAUCUAAUGAUGAAUAUUAAAACUAUUUCAGAAUCUGUGAAGCACUUUGAAAGGAGCUCAGUUCUGGAGGAUUAACAUUGUGCCGCAAAUAUCAGUUUUAUACAUGCAUUCUUCUGCAGCAGUUUGUUGGAAAACACUGUAGCUAAACAGAAAGUCUCUUGUGCCGUGCAGAUCAGCGCAAUCUGUGUCAUAGUGUUUCUGUGUUCGCCGAAACCCAUAACUUGUGCUGUGAAGAGAACAAUCUGUGCCAAAACGUGUCUGGUGGUCUUCAGUAUUGCUGGAUGUGCAGCCUUCAGUUUAUAAAAGUCUUUUAUUCUGUUUUCUUUGUUUGUUUUUUCUCUUGAAAGUAUUUUAUUGAAAUGUAUGAUACAAGAUGUUUAUUUAUAGUUUGGUUGCUGUUGGAUUAAAAGGAGAUGAGAAAAGAAAGCACACCGGGUCCUAUGGGAGAGUUUGGAGGUAAACUGAGGGGGAAAUGCAUGUUUAAUACAUGAGAGAGACUGACUGAUGGACAGUGUGUAACAAUACGUCUUUAUAGAAUCAAAUAAAGAUUUAAAAAACCUUAAAUGUGUUAUCCUUUACAUAAUGUUUGUUAUGAAUUAUGUAAUGUUAUAAAUGAUGAGCAAUGUAGUUAUUUGAGGGGAUAGUAAUGUACACUAAUGUACAGUUUAGGAAAUGUUUUGAUGCAAUGGUGUGAAGUUUAAGUUCAGCUUUGAAUGUUUACCAUCUUUACACAGUGGAAAACAACGUCCAGGGACGACUGAGUCCCUCUAGUGCAGUGAAUCACAUCUUCAUAAUGAGGACCACAGGGGCCAGAUGUUAAAAACACAUUCAGCUCUAUACCUGACAGUCAAUGUACUGCCUUUCAAAGUAGACUAUUACUUCAAUGUUUUCAUGCUUUUCUUACACAUUUGACUGCGUUACACUACUGUUUAAACGAUUGGAGUCUGUAAUUUAUAAGUAUCUUAUAUUAUUAUAAGUAUCUUAUGCUUACCAAGGCUUCGUUUUUUAAAUAAACUUUACAGUAAAACUGAAAUAAUAUUGCAAUUUAUAAUAGCUGUUUAAUAUUUGAAUAUAUUUUAAAAUCAGUGCUGUAAUCAAAUCAAAACUCACUGUUAAUCGCGUCCAAAACUAAAGUUUUUAUUUACAUUAUAUGUAUGAGUACUGUGUAUAUUUAUUAUGUAUAUACUGUAUAAGUUCUAUAUAUUAUAUUCUUCGAAAAUAUUUACACAAAUAUAUAUAUAUGUGUGUGUGUGUGUGUGUGUGUGUGU